AUGAGUGACCCAAGAGUUAUUACGGAGGACAGUGCGAACAUGCAAAAAGCUAACAGCUCUCCACCACUCAUUGGUGAUAAUCAGAUAGACGAAAGUGUUGAGGAAGGAACUAUCGCAGAUGACAUGGCAGGCAGUAGCUAUGCGGGGCAGGUACAAGAGAAACAGUCGAGUAAGGCACACGGCAAGCAACCGGCGGCUGUACAAUCAUCAGUUCCCACUCCAGUGACAGAUAUGGACACUGACACUUCCGAUACAAUUGCAG